GUGUCAUGUGUAAUAAAUGUAAGGAAAGAGACUGUUAUUUGCCUACUUCGUCGUUGAGCGGAUCACUGGAGAGAAAGAGAGAGUAAUAGUAUUGCUCCAAAGUUUUUCUCUCUCUACAAAUCAAGCUAAGGCAUUAUCAUUAUAUCAUGGCUCCUGCAGCAGUUUCGGAUUCAUUGAAGCCUCGAGAUGUUUGUAUUGUUGGUGUUGCACGUACUCCAAUGGGAGGAUUAUGUGGUUCUCUAUCAUCAUUGCCGGCAACCAAGCUAGGGUCUAUUGCUAUUGAAUGUGCACUCAAAAGAGCAAAUGUCGACCCAGCACAUGUGCAGGAGGUGUUUUUUGGGAAUGUUCUAAGUGCAAAUUUGGGACAGGCUCCUGCUAGACAGGCUGCAUUGGGUGCUGGAAUACCAAAUUCAGUGAUCUGCACCACCAUUAAUAAAGUUUGCGCAUCUGGAAUGAAAGCUACAAUGCUUGCAGCUCAGAGUAUUCAGUUAGGAGUUAAUGAUGUUGUUGUGGCUGGAGGCAUGGAAAGCAUGUCAAAUGCGCCUUUCUAUCUGCCUGAGUUAAGGAAAGGGAAUCGUCUGGGACAUGGAACUGUUGUUGACGGGAUGCUCACAGAUGGACUUUGGGAUGUUUACAACAAUUUUGGAAUGGGAAUGUGUGCAGAGUUAUGUGCUGAUCAGCACUCAAUAACCCGAGAAGAGCAGGACUCUUUUGCCAUUAAAAGUUUUGAACGGGGUAUUGCUGCUCAAAAUGAAGGAGCUUUUGCCUGGGAAAUAGUGCCAGUUGAAGUAUCUGGUGGUCGUGGUAAGCUAAAUACUGUCAUUGACAAAGAUGAUGGGCUAGAAAAGUUUGAUCCUGUAAAACUGAGGAAACUCAGGCCAGCAUUUAAGGAGGGAGGCUCAGUUACAGCUGGCAAUGCUUCUACCAUCAGCGAUGGCGCGGCUGCAAUGGUGCUUGUUAGUGGAGAGAAAGCCCUUAAUUUAGGGUUGCAUGUGAUUGCGAAGAUUACAGGGUAUGCUGAUGCAGCUCAGGCACCUGAGUUGUUCACGACAGCGCCAGCCCUUGCCAUACCAAAAGCUGUUUCAAAUGCCCAUUUGGAAGCUUCACAAAUUGAUUACUAUGAAAUAAAUGAAGCUUUUUCUGUUGUAGCUCUUGCCAAUCAGAAGUUGCUUACUCUUAACCCUGAUAAGGUCAAUGUGCAUGGAGGAGCUGUAUCAUUAGGCCAUCCACUGGGUUGCAGUGGUGCUCGUAUUAUAGUCUCUUUGUUAGGGGUUCUGAAGCAAAGGAGUGGAAAAUAUGGAGUUGCAGCUGUUUGCAAUGGGGGUGGUGGAGCAUCGGCUCUCGUUCUAGAGUUCAUGUAAGCCUUUUUUAAUUGGGCAUGGCAUCAACUUGGAACGGUCCUUUCUUUGAGACUAUGUUUCUUCAUUCGUUUGUUUUCUGUUUAGUGUUGACCUAAAAAGCUUUAUCUGUAAUGCUCCGUAGUAUCUUUUCAUUGCUAGUUUUGGGGAUCUACGAGAUACUUUUAAAUUGAACUUGCUUAAUGUAAUUAGGAUCUUUCAACCCAUUUAUGUAGUGAGUUCUUGUUAUGAAAUAAAAGCUCUGGUGGUUGUCUGAAA